AUGCCGGGGGCGGGAGGGACGACGAAGUCCCUGUGGGCGUCGGCGGAGAGGCGGCCGCACUUCUUCAAGGUGCUCGUCGGCGACUUCAAGCAGCGCCUGAAAAUCCCGCCAAACUUCUGCAAGCACAUCCCCUGGGAGGAGUCGAGCAAGGCCAAGAGCCUCAAGGAGGCGUCCAUGGCGGCCACCCUGGAGGGCCCCAGCGGGCGGACGUGGCUGGUUGUCAUCCACCGGACAACCGAGGGCACCUUCUUCACCUCCGGCUGGCCCAAGUUCGUGCAGGACCAAGCGCUGCGUGACCUCGAGUUCGUCGUGUUCCGCUACGACGGCAACACGCACUUCACCGCCAUGGUGUUCGACAGAACGGCGUGCGAGCGAGAGGACCUGAUAGGCGGCGGCGGCGAUCGGCCGCGCAAGAAACGGGGUCGCCGCCCGAGGGACGCCUCGCGUGACACCCCGCGGCCCAAGAAGGAUUCGGUUGGGAAGGAGCUGGUGACGUACCGCGCGUCGCCUAGUGGCCAGCAGUUGCAAAUCUUGGAUUCCAAUUGGACGACGGAACCUGGAUCAGCUGCGGUCAAGAACGAGGAAGACGCCGAGGAGCCCCCGCUGCGCGCGCUCCCCGCCGCGCCGGCGCAGCGCGCGUCGCCGAGGCGCGUUCCGGAGGGGGCCCUGGACGUCGACGGCGCCGCGGCGAGGCGGGGCUCGGUGAAGACGCGGAGCCUCCAGGACGACCUGGCCCUCGCCAGCAUCCCGCCGUCCAUCCAGCGCUACAAGGGGUACGUGUCCCGCCGCCGCCCCGUCACCACCGCCGAGCGGCAGCGCGCCACGGAGAUCGCCCACGCCUUCCGCUCGCCGCUCCCGUACUGCGUCAUCCGCAUGAGCACCAUGCACGUCUACUACUCCUUCAUGAUGAGGUUUCCGACGGGGUUCUCGCGGCAGCACCUGCCGCGGGAGAGGACGGACGUGGUGCUGCGCGACCCGGGCGGGAAGGCGUGGGUGGUGCUCUACAUCCCCAACACGAGGGACCGGCUGUCGCGCGGGUGGUGCGCAUUCGCGCGCGGCAACUGCCUCGAGGAAGGCGACUACUGCGUGUUCGAGCUCGUCGCCGCGGCCGAGUUCCGGGUCCACAUCUUCCGGGUGGUCGAGCCGGCCGUGCCAGCGGUCAGGCUCCGGAGGGUCACCGUGACCUGUUCCCGCGGCACCACGUAACGGUGAUUAAGAAGAAAAAAAACUGUGGAUAGCUGCGUGCAGUGCGAUAGGCAAUUCAGAAUGGCAAGCCCUCUAUGAACAAGGCUUAAUUCAGAAUUCAAAAAAUAAGGCAAAUAAGCUGGA